CGCGGAAGCGCGAGAUUCCGGUUAUAAAUGACAGUAUGAAUAACGAAAGGAAGAAAAAACAAGCCGGGAAAAAAAAAGAUGACCACCGACGUAGCGGAUCGCCCGAGGGCGACGAAACGUCAGCGCGCGAAACGGGAAAGAUGAUUCGAGUUUAUUGGAAACACUCGCGAUCCCUCAUAUUUAACGAUCGUAGGAGAUGUGCUUUGGCCAGUUAUCUGGAUUCUUUCAUUAACUCCAUUGUUUCGUUAAUAGUUGUGCACUGAACAUCAAUGAGUCUUGGUAAAAUACGCGUCGAUGAGAAAUAUUGUUUGUGAAUUGUUGACUCCAAGGUAACCCGAAAGUUCAUGAACGUCGUUCACCGUCUCCUUUCCAAUCUUCGUUAUCGAGACCGCCAUGAAUAAGUCAACCCGUAUUUUGUUGGUGCUCUUCGUGGCCUAUGUUAUGGUUGUAAUGCUCGUCGCAGGAAGCGCUCCCUUUGAUCGAGCCGUUGGGGUGUGUAUCAGAAAUUGUGCCCAGUGCAAAAAAAUGUUCGGGCCCUAUUUCCUAGGCCAGAAGUGCGCCGACUCCUGCGUCAAAUACAAAGGAAAGCUCAUCCCGGACUGCGAGGAUGAGGGUUCCAUUCAACCGUUCCUCCAGGCCCUCGAAAACGACUAUUAGAUCCGAAUCGACAGAGUUCCUCGCUAUUUAAUAUUUAUUCGCGCCGAGUAUACGAGACACGUGCCAAAACAAACUGACGAAGAAAAACUCGAUGAUAGAUCGCUCGCGUAAUUUAUGUACAAACGUAGCCGAGUAUGACGUAUUUUUCAUGUAUUUUUUCCUUUAAUAACCGAUCUUUGGUCUCAGGGAUAUAUUUAUAAUUUGUGACUAAUGGAACGAUUUGAUCUCGUACUUAUGAGUAUUACGCAUGUAGUCCGUUUAGUUGUAAGUCAUUAUCGAUGUUCAGAAUAGUCAUAAGUAAUAUGAAGAAUAAUUCAUAAUAGUACGAACGAUAUUCAAAUAAGAUAUUAAAAUAUUUAAACAAGCUUCAGGCAUAUAAAAAACCGAAAGCGAAGGAUACCAAAUUGUUUUACCACAUUGAAUGAAGCGUAUCAUUAUAACAAUUACUGUACUCACCAGGCGAUGUCUACUCCAGGCUGGGAGGCGUCACGUGGCAUUCUGGUAUCGUAGACAAUGUCUGCUUGGACUCUAGUUGUUGUACCUGAAAAUUAUUUAAGCAUCGUCGUAUUAUGUACUAUUCAAUCGCAUAAUUAUAUACCCUUAAAAAAUAUAUUUACACGUUGUCGAAGA